AUGUGUCAGCAUUACACUGAUAACUUAUCACAUCGAAUGAAUGAAUUAGCAUUUGAUGAAAUGGAAAUUUGGCAGAAAUUGAAUAAACUUGAGUGGGAUAUAAUUAUUCUUCAAGUGCCAUCUGCAUUUGCAUCAGAAAUAUCGGUUGAUGAUAACAAGUUUAUGGAAAUAUUACAACUAAUUUCUAACUCGGUGCAAAAUGUUCAACGAUUACUGUGUAUUGCUGAUGGCAAUUAUGUUGAUCAAAAUAAUUUAAUAGAUGAAGCAAGAAAGUUAUUAACAAUAUGUAAUAAUAUUCAACAAAAAAUUAUGAAUGUUGAAUAUCUCAAUACAACAAGAAGUUAUGCUAGCAAUGACAGCAAUGACAAAACAGCAUCAUCAACAGAUCACAGAAUAAUCAAUACUUCGGAUCUGAACAGCAAAGAACAGUGA